UUUCUCCCUGUCAAUAAUCCCGAAUCCAGACUCUCUCUAUUUCCAUCCCUCUCUAGCUGUCAAUCAGCGCCGCCUUUGAACUGAAAACCACUCCGACCAACUUCAACUCACUCAAUCCGAGCACUUCGGCUCCGUCUCCGGCUCCUUUUUCUGCCAACAUUGCCCUCUUUUUUGAGUUUCUACUGAUCGCCAGUGGUUGGGAAACGCCAGGGCAGACCCUGAACUCGAACUCGGAUCCGGGAUCACCGAGAUCAAGGGUUUGAAACUUUGUGUUUUGGCCCCCGCAGCACUGGUCGGGAGAAAAUGCCGCAGCUUAACGGCGGUGGAGGGGACGAUCUGGGUGCGAACGAUGAAAUGAUUUCGUUCAAAGACGAAGGAGAACAGGAGGAGAAAAUUUCAGAGAACUCGUCUGCAGAAAGGGAUUUAGCAGAUGUCAAGUCUUCGCUCGUAAAUGAGUCAGAAACGAAUCAAAACAGCUCGUCGGAUUCCGAGGCGGAAAGACGGCCUCCGCCUAGAGCCGAAACUUACAGAGACAAAACAAGAGAAAGUUUAGAGGAGGCUGCGAAACGGCAAGAUGGAGGGCUAUUCAAGAGCCAUCCGUACCCGGGCUAUCCAUUUAUAAUGAUCCCCGACCUGACCAGUCCCUACCUCCCAAACGGCUCCCUCUCACCGACCGCACGCACAUAUCUACAGAUGAAAUGGCCACUGCUAGAUGUUCAAGCAGGAAGUCUUCAAAGUAGACAAGCACUUAAAGAUGCCAGGUCCCCCUCUCCGGCACACAUUGUUUCUAAUAAAGUCCCUGUGGUACAGCACCCUCACCAUGUGCACCCGCUUACGCCUUUGAUCACCUACAGCAAUGAACACUUCACGCCCGGGAACCCUCCUCCACACCUACAGACAGAUGUGGAUCCCAAAACAGGAAUCCCAAGACCCCCACAUCCUUCAGAUAUAUCUCCCUACUACCCUCUGUCGCCUGGCACUGUAGGGCAGAUCCCCCAUCCGCUAGGAUGGUUAGUACCACAGCAAGGUCAACCAGUUUACCCAAUCACAACGGGAGGUUUUAGGCACCCCUACCCAACUGCCCUCACUGUCAAUGCAUCCAUGUCAAGUCUUUUCUCCUCCAGAUUCCCUCCUCACAUGGUGCCCCCUCACCACAGUUUGCACACCACGGGGAUCCCUCACCCGGCCAUCGUCACACCCAACGUCAAGCAGGAGUCCUUGCACAGUGACAUCAGCACACUAAACAGCUCGAAACAUCAUGACCAGAAAAAGGAAGAUGAAAAGAAAAAGCCUCACAUAAAGAAGCCUCUGAAUGCAUUCAUGUUGUACAUGAAGGAGAUGAGGGCCAAAGUGGUGGCAGAGUGCACGCUUAAAGAGAGCGCAGCUAUCAACCAAAUACUGGGCCGAAGGUGGCAUGCUUUAACACGAGAGGAGCAGGCCAAAUACUAUGAGCUGGCCAGGAAGGAACGACAGCUUCACAUGCAGCUUUACCCUGGCUGGUCAGCACGAGACAACUAUGGGAAAAAGAAGAAGAGAAAAAGGGAAAAGCAGCAGGCAGAUGGCAAUGAACACAGGGAAUAUUUUCCAAAUCCUUGCCUUUCACUCCCUCCGAUUACAGACCUGAGUGCCCCUAAGAAGUGUCGUGCACGCUUUGGGCUCGAUCAGCAGAGUAACUGGUGUGGCCCAUGCAGGAGAAAAAAGAAGUGCAUUCGCUACAUUCAAGGUGAAGGCAGCUGUGUCAGUCCUCCCUCUUCAGAUGGAAGCUUACUAGACUCACCCCCAUCCUCCCCCUCCAUGAUUCCCACCUCUCCGCUCUCGACAGAGUCCAAAACACAGACUGAACAAAUGCAACCUCUCUCACUGACUCUGAAACCAGGCCCCCUGGUCUCCUCAACGCACCACCUGCACCAUCAUUUGUCCAUGCCUCCGCCUUUAGCUCUGCUGGACAACUCUGGGGCAGGAAAAAUGUCCGGCCCCACCCACAAUGGUUCCUUGGACCCUUCAGGCGUUUCGUCGUCUCGCCCUUCUAGCUCCGCCUCUUCUCAGCCUACAUCAGCGUGUCAUUCCCUAUCACUGUUGUCCAGAUCUACCCCCACGCAACCACUUUCGCUCGUAACUAAAUCCAUUGACUAGGCUAAGCUGGAUCUGAUUCACCAGCUUUUAACUCACUUCUGUCUGCUGACUUUUAUGGUCUUCUCUUCUGUUUCUUUUUUUUCAGUCCCAUUUGGCUUUGAAAAUUAGUUAAUUCUCUUAUCAGAGUUCAUUGGUCAAUAUUUGACCCAUCAUUAUCAAAAAUAAAUUACAAUAACUAUAAUAUUGUUAAAAGGUAAUAGAGUAUACAUGUGUAAGUCUGCCAUAAUUUAAGCCUUCAGGUUUUUUUUCUCUUUACUGUACAACAAAAAAAGACAUACCUGUUUUAUCAAUCGACAUAGAAAUAUUUUAGGACAGAUACAAACAUAGCCUAAUUGAGGAAUCAAAUGAGCCUUUUUUUUUAAGAGUUGGUUCUGUUUCAUUAUUUGUAUUAAAUACGAGCUUGCGAACCAAGCAUUCAUCACCUCUUCAAAACUGGUGGGCAGGAGGACCGUGGGGACACCCACUUCUUCAACCAAGGAACAACUUUUAAUUGUGAUGUUACUUGUUCUUGUUUAAAUGUACAGAAAUAUUAGGGGAGGGGGGUUACUGUGUUCAUAUGCAUUGUUCCAUUGCGUUGUCUAUUUUAUUGUUUAUUUUUGUCAUUGUUUACCUUGGGAGGGGGGUGGGUUGACU